AUCAGAUCAAGUAAGUCAAAAAAACCCUGUCUUCCUGCACGAGAUGUAAAACACUAGUUGGUCAUAUAUAAACAACUAGUGUUUUAAAAUAAACAUUGUAUUUGUAUACAUCAUAACCAUCCAUCAUAAACCAUGUAGAAAUCACGCUAUGUUCGGUUUUUGUUCGCUCUGUAAAACCCCGAGAUAGAAUAGAUGCAGGAUUAAUGCAAUAACUGAUACUACAAUGGAAUGGAAUGGAAAUAUCCUACUUGUUAAAUUACCACAAAGUACCUAAAAAUUGCACGUACUUGUAACAAAUGUAGCAACUUGAUUCCACAACAGCCUCAUCUACUGACUCAGCUGAUUCCCCUUUUCUUAAAAUAGAUUUAAACGGUGCUCCAGUGUUUAAGUGAUGAGCGAAACAUGGAGUGAAUAAUAGACGAUCUUUGGCUCUAUCACCGCGUCCGUCGACGUCCGUGUCGUCUCGCCGUUACGUCGUCUCGGCGGCGAGCGGACAGACCGUGGUGAAGAUGGAGCCCUGUAGAGGCGAAAGUGCUCAUUAUGAUGCUAUCUGACAUUUCCAGUGACAUGGUGCACAUUUUGCUCGCUUGACACGCGAUGUGACUUGCGACUUCGAGUCAGAUGUGACUCGGAUAGCUCGCUUGUUAGCUCAGCCCUCGUCCAUCCUGCUGCAGCAGGCGGCUAACGGCUCCAGCUGAUCCGCUGCAGCAGCACACAGAGCCCGGUGAGGACAUGAUGAUGGUGAUGAUGAGGCCUUAGAUGUCAGAUCGGCGUCGGUGUGUUCACUCAUCAAAUACAGAUGUCAUGGUGAUGGUUGCGGCUGAUCUUUAAUCUGCAGACAUGGCGUCGCAGCUCCAGGUGUUCUCCUCUCCCUCCGUGUCCUCCAGUGCCUGCUCUCGUUCAAAGAGGCUCAAAGUUGAGAACACCGCCUGGGACGUGUCCAACCAGCUGGGAGACAAUGCUUACUACCAGCAGAGCCCCACCCAGGGAGCUGCACCCUCUGCUUCUGGCUCCAACUUCAACCCAGUGUACAACUCCAACCAGGUGCACCCACCGACAGCCGGCUCCAGGGAGCAGACGGUGGUGCGGGCGGCAGACAGCACGGGCAACGUUCGCGGACCUUCCUCUUCCUCAUCGUCCUCCUCCAGCCGUCGCGUCAAGGAUGCAGAGUCCUCCUCCCAGCCGUGCGACCUCUACCACAAGCAGUACAGCUUGAAGCGGAAGAGCGAGGAGGUGGACAGCAGCGACAGCGUCCAGAUCCUGGAGGAGCUCUCAGCCCCCGUGGUCUCAAACCGCACUGGUGGUGGAGGAGGGGGAACCGCCACAGCUCAGUCCAUAGCACAUUCCACUUCUACCACAAAGAGCAGCAACUCCCACAGCGAGGGAGACUACCAGCUGGUCCAGCAUGAGAUUCUGUGCUCAAUGUCCAACAGCUACGAGGUGCUCGAGUUCCUGGGACGCGGCACCUUUGGCCAGGUGGCAAAAUGCUGGAAGCGGGGAACAAAUGAGAUAGUGGCCAUUAAGAUCUUGAAGAACCAUCCUUCUUAUGCUCGGCAAGGUCAAAUUGAAGUGAGUAUCCUAAGCAGGCUGAGCACAGAGAAUGCCGAUGAGUUCAACUUUGUCCGCUCAUACGAGUGUUUCCAGCACAAGAACCACACGUGCCUUGUGUUUGAGAUGCUGGAGCAGAACCUUUACGACUUCCUGAAGCACAGCAAGUUCAGUCCGCUGCUGCUCAAGUGCAUACGGCCGAUCCUGCAACAGGUCGCCACGGCACUGAUGAAGCUCAAGAGCCUGGGUUUGAUCCACGCCGACCUGAAGCCUGAAAACAUCAUGUUAGUAGACCCUUUGAGGCAGCCGUACAGAGUGAAAGUCAUUGAUUUUGGCUCCGCCAGCCACGUGUCCAAAGCGGUUUGCUCCACCUACCUGCAGUCACGAUACUACAGAGCUCCGGAGAUCAUUCUGGGCCUUCCUUUCUGUGAGGCGAUCGACAUGUGGUCGUUGGGAUGUGUCAUUGCUGAGCUGUUUCUGGGAUGGCCCCUUUAUCCUGGUGCCUCAGAGUAUGAUCAGAUCCGUUACAUUUCCCAGACCCAGGGCCUUCCUGCAGAGUACCUGCUGAGUGCCGGAACCAAGACCAGCCGCUUUUUCAACAGAGGCCCCGACUCGAGCUACCCGCUCUGGAGACUCAAAACACCUGCAGAGCACGAGGCAGAGAUGGGCAUCAAGUCAAAGGAGGCAAGGAAAUACAUCUUCAACUGUCUAGAUGAUAUGAUGCAGGUGAACAUGACAAACCUGGAGGGGACGGACAUCUUGGCAGAGAAGGCUGACCGGCGGGAGUUCAUAGACCUGCUGAAGAAGAUGCUGACGCUAGACGCAGACAAACGGAUCACGCCCAUUAAGACGCUGAACCACCCCUUUGUCACCAUGACACACCUGCUGCACUUCCCUCACAGCUCACAUGUGAAGUCCUGCUUUCAAAAUAUAGAUAUAUGCAAACGCAGAUGCUCCGCCUUUGAGAAUGGCAAAAAUAUGUUUGCCAGCAACAAUACCCCAAGUGCAGCCACCAACCUCACUGUCACCUUCAGUAGCCAACUAAACCAGCACAACCAGAUGGCCUCAACGGGAGGCCAGUCCCUGUCCCUCAGCAGUAACGUCCCGUUGCUGAACUACCAGCCUGGCCUCUACCAGCAGGCCACCAUAAACAUCCCUGGCCUAACCCAGCAGGGGGUACCACUGCAGACCAGACCCGCGCAGCUCUGCGCCCAGACUGAGCCCUUCCAGCAAACACUCAUAGUUUGCCCUCCCACCAUCCAGGGUCUUCAGACAUCCAAUAAGCCCUCUGGUUAUCCAGUGAGGAUGGACAACUCUGUACCCUUAGUUCCUCAGAACCAGUCGUCCCAGUCUCUUCACAUCCAGCCCGGCAUGCUGGCUCAGCAGGGCUGGCCAGCAGGCACACAGCAGAUUCUCAUCCCUUCCACAUGGCAGCAGAUGCCAGGCAUGGCCAUCCACAACCCUGGGCAGGCCGUGGUGCCUGAGUCAUCCAUGGGAGCCCCGAUACCCGACAGUCAACAAGCUUCUGGCUGGAGGGGUCGUCAUGGAAGCCAAUACGACGGCCUCAGCCAGCAGGACUCUGGUGUUGGCCGUCACGCUGCCUCCCAAGGCCACAACUCGGGGGCCGCUCACUCCAGAUCCCAACAGGGAAAGAGGUCAAAGGCUCGACAUGCAGAGAGCAAAGCCAGGCUUGUGUCGUCGGCCACCACUGUGGUCCACAACACUUCUGCUUUUGCUGGCGACCAGUCUCAGCCCAUCGUCAUCUCGGACACACCGAGCCCUGCUGUCAGCAUCAUCACCAUCCACAGCGACUCAGAAGACGACGAUGACAGGAAGUUCCCUGCCGCCUGCUCUGGAACAAGCCAGAGGACCAACGUGAUCAGCUGUGUGACCGUGCACGACUCCCAUGACUCCGACUCCUCCAACAGCAGCCCCCUGAGCCCCAAGACGACCUCACAGCCCACCAAGUCUUUGGCCAUCAUCAUGCCCUCUGUGAAGAGCCAGCCGGGGGAGAGCACAACCCACAAAGCCCCGGCAGCUCCAGAUCAAGCUAUAAGUGGCUCUGGAAAAUCCAAGAAAGGAUCGACUCAGCAGUCCAGUCGGGCAGGAGAUUCCAACGCUGAUCGCCAUCAACGGGCCGCAUCCAGCAGGUCUCAGCCUCUGAAUCUGAGUCAGGUACAGCAGUCUGUGUUGUCGUCAUCCCACGAUCAAACAGGAAGCAGUAGUUCCCUAAGGCGGCAGCCCACAUACCCUCCUCCCGUCUCGUCCCACUCAUCCUACCGGCUUCACGAGAACACCCUCUUCAGCUCAACCCCAAACUUGUACGCCUACCCGGCAUCUGCCGCGCUGGCCUCUGUGUCCCAAGCCGUGGACCAGAUGCAAGGUGGCUCAUCCCGCCAUAGCAGGACGAGCGGAGCUUACUCUUCCCUGGCGCUGCUCCAAAAGAACGGCAGCUUGGCCUUGGGAGGGUCUGCUCCGGGACAGUACGGCAACCACCAACAGCAGCAGCAGCAGCAGCAGCAGCAGCUGGGAGGGCAGCCUUUCCACCACGCUGCUACUUACCAACGAAAACUGAACCAGUAUCCCUACCUGUAAAGACUAAAGCGCUGGAUGUCGACCAAAUGAAGACCGAGACUAGAGACGAGCACAAGCUCAUCACGGGCGGCUGUGAUUAGACUUUUAACUUUCCUUUACUGUGCUUAUUUUUACAACUUUCAGUGAUUAUUUUUCAUAAAAUAAUCAUGGAUUUAUAUUUCAAUCAUGGUCGUCUUUUUUUAAAUAUCCAUUCCAACUUUGGAGUUUUUUUGUGUCGCAUACAGCAACAAACAGAGCAGUCUGUAAGUGUCUACAAAGUGACACAUUUAUUGUAGUGUUGGUUCUGUGCUCCAGUACAGCACAUUUUGAACAGUAUGGGGUUUAAAGUGCGGACUUUCAGCUUUAAUUUAAGCACGUUUACAUCCACAUCAGAUGAAACACGUCGGAAUCUCAGCCUUUUUCAUACAUGCUCCCCAAAUUGAAGGGACCAACAUAAAGCUGAAAAUUCUACUACUUACAGACUGCAACGUUAAGUUGAUUUUUAUUUAUUUUUUAUUUUAUUGUAUUUGAAAAAUUAGUAUUGAGGAGAAACUGGAACUUGACUAACUGUUAUGCUGAUCUCUAUUAUUAUUAUUAUUAUUGUUAUUAUUAUCAUCGUUGUCAGAAUUAUGAACUAAUUGCGUAAAAGUUGCAUUGACAUAUACACAAUCGCCUUACUUAAGUCAAUUUAUUUUGUCAUUUUAAACUUUAAUAUGUCAGCACAUUGUGAUAAGUGAGAUGUUGUAUGUUUAAUUUAUGAAUCUACUAUGUGUGUGUGUGUGUGUGUGUGUGUGCGUGUUAUCUGUUUAAAAAAAAAAAAAGAAAGUAAGUUCUGCUGUGUAUAAUAAUGUGUCCUUGUGUUCUUCAACUGUUUCCCAUGUUCGCUCUGUUUUCGUGCUGGCCAUUGACCUAUUAUAUUUACAUGUGCCGUAUGUCCAUUGAUGCAGUACAGUUCAGCAUAGAGUAGGAUGGUAUUUAGAGGGGACCGUCGUGUUUUUUAUUCUUACGGUUGCAUGUGUCUGACUUGGUGUAGCAUUCAGGAGAGGUUUGUAAAAAAAAAAAAAAAAACUGCAGCUCCACUGAUUUGAAGUGUCGCUCGCAGAUGAUGGAUUAUCAAUGUUGUGUCAAAUUUGUACAACAAACACACAAAUGAUUUGGGGAAAGUGUAAAAGCUCUUGUCUUGUGACGUGAUGUCUGUGAAGUAAAAGCGUGCACAUAGAAAUCUGAUUGGGUAUCACACUAUCAUGUCAAAGCCAUUUAGAAUGCAAUUGUAAAAUUCACAGUUAUGCAUUUGAAUUGUGAAUAAUCAAAUCUGACAAAAGAUAAUUUAUAAAAAUAUGAAUUGAUGUUCAGUAUGUAACCGCUACUAUACAAAUCAUUGGUUUGCUGAUACGGUGGUUUUUCUUACAAGCCUGCUGUGAUGUGAAGUGCCGCAUAGAACACACUAUGAACCUUAAACCGUAUAUGCGCAAUAAAAAUCCUCUCAAAACACAA